AUGGAUGAGCUGGUCUGCGCUGCCUCCUCCGGCAGCUCUCCCUCCCCGGCCUCUUUCUUCUCCGCCACCGGCCAGCACCAGGAGCACGAGUUCGUGCCCUGUGAUGUCCUGGAGGGAUGGCUGGAGGACGACGACUGGAUGGAUGGCCCCCGGGACGGCGGCGACGAGGGCUCUCGCUCGCCGGGCAACGACCUGCUGUCCGGCGAACCGCCGGCACCUGCGCCAAAGAGGCGGGGCCGGAAACUAGGGCCCCGGUCCAACGGCCCCGCCCUUACCCACGUGGAGAAGGAGCGGCAGCGGCGGGACAAGCUGAACCGCCUCUUCUGCGAGCUCCGGGGCGCGGUGCCUAACGUGUCCCGGAUGGACAAGGCGUCCCUCCUCGCCGACGCGGCCACCUACAUCACCCAGCUGCGCGGCCGUGUUAAGCAGCUCGAGUCCGAGAACGGGCUUGCCGCAGCGGCCGCCCCAGUGGCGGCCCCCUACUCGGUCGGCGUCCAGGAGAAUCUGGAGGUGCGGAUGGUCGGGAGGGAGGCGGCGGCGCUGCGCCUGACGACCGCGGCGCGCCACGCGCCCGCGCGCUUCAUGCUCGCGCUCCACGCGCUGGAUCUGCCGGUGCAGCACGCGUGCGUGUGCCUCGUCGGCGGCAUGACCGUGCAGGACGCCGUUGUGGACGUGCCCGCCGCCGCGCUGCGGGACGAGCGCGCCCUCCGCGCAGCACUGUUAUACCGGCUGCAGCAGACCGGCUAUUAGCCUCGUGGGCCGGCAGGUUUGCGCUGAUCGAUCUGCUCCGAUUCAAGCACCCCUACUCGUGAUUCAUGGCCGGCUUGACAUAAUAAUCUGGCACCAAAUCAAGCUAGCUGCAUCGUUCUUGUAGAUCUAUUGUGAUGUUGCUGUCCGUGUUUGCAUUGCACAUGCAUAUAGUAGUGCGAUGCUUAGUGUGUUUAAAUUUUUGGUGGUGGCGGGCGCAUCGACUCAAAAAGGAAUGAUGGCUAGAAUUUAGGGCUUGUUUCAGGCAGGAGAGGGGUUUAAUUAGAUUGUGUAUGUGCUAUUAUUGGA